AGUGAGGGGGCGGGGCCUCCGGACAGGCGGGUUCGGGUGUCUCCCGGCUCCAGCCCUCGCUGCUGCUCCUGCCGCCGCCGCUUUCUCACCAUGGGCAACGUCCUGGCUGCCAGCUCCCCGGCACCGCCUCCUGCAGUGCCAGGACCAGGCUCUGGCCUGGUAUCUGUGCCACCUGGUUUCUCUAUGCCCCCAGUCAGUGGGCUGGUUCCCCCGGCACAAGAUCGCGCCACAGAAGACAAGUGUGACCAGCUUCCCAACCCGGGCACCUUUGAAGAGUGUCACCGCAAAUGCAAAGAACUAUUCCCCAUCCAGAUGGAGGGUGUGAAGUUGACUGUGAACAAAGGUCUCAGUAACCACUUCCAGGUCAAUCACACGGUGGCUCUCAGCACAGUCGGCGACUCCAAUUACCACUUUGGGGUGACCUACGUAGGGACAAAGCAGCUUAGCCCCACAGAGGCCUUCCCUGUGCUCGUGGGUGAUAUGGAUAACAGCGGCAGCCUCAAUGCACAGAUCAUUCACCAGCUUGCAAACAAAGUUCGCUCCAAGGUGGCCUUUCAGACGCAGCAAUCAAAGUUUGUGAACUGGCAAGUGGAUGGCGAAUACCGGGGCGCAGACUUCACUGCAGCCGUCACGCUAGGGAACCCCGAUAUUUUAGUGGGCUCAGGGAUUCUGGUGGCACACUAUCUACAGAGCAUCACGCCUUGCCUGGCGCUAGGUGGAGAGCUGGUGUAUCAUCGCCGCCCAGGAGAGGAAGGGACCGUCAUGUCACUAGCUGGGAAAUACACAGCACCUAACUGGAUCGGUACACUGACAAUAGGGCAGGCAGGAGCACACGCCACGUAUUACCACAAAGCCAGCGAUCAGUUGCAGGUGGGGGUCGAAUUGGAAGCCAGCACCCGCAUGCAGGACACAAGCGUCACGUUUGGGUACCAGCUGGACCUUCCCAAAGCCAACCUGCUCUUCAGAGGCUCCGUCGACAGCAACUGGAUUGUGGGGGCAGCGCUGGAAAAGAAGCUCCUCCCACUGCCGCUCACGCUGGCCAUGGGCGCCUUUCUCAACCACCGCAAGAACAAAUUCCAGUGUGGCUUUGGCCUUACCAUUGGCUAAUCCCCGCCCCCUCCUCUUCCCCACCUGUUCAGUGCAGCUCACGCCCCUUUGUCCCUCCCACUUGCGUCCGCCCAGCGGUGGCGUCCAUGGGGCGUGGGG